AAGGGCGGCUGCGCAAGGAGAGGCGUCCUUGCUGAGGAUUCCUUCCGCUUCCGGGGGCGGGCGGGCAGGCACCGAGGGCAGUCCGGAAGGCGCGCCGGCCCAUCCCGCAGCUCCUCGGGCGGACGGAAGAGCGGAGGCCGCGAUGGGCGGCGGAGACCUGAACUUGAAGAAGAGCUGGCAUCCACAGACCCUACGCAAUGUGGAAAAAGUCUGGAAGGCAGAACAGAAACAUGAAGCCGAGCGAAAGAAAAUCGAAGAGCUGCAGCGGGAAUUACGAGAGGAGCGAGCGCGGGAAGAAAUGCAGCGUUACGCAGAGGAUGUGGGCGCCAUCAAGAAAAAAGAUGAGAAGUUGGACUGGAUGUAUCAAGGGCCGGGGGGCAUGGUGAACAGAGAGGAAUACCUUAUGGGCCGCCCAGUUGAUAAGUAUGUCUUCCAGGCGAUGGACGAUAAGGAAGCAGGCUGUUCCUCAGAGACUGGCCUUCUGCCUGGCUCAAUCUUUGCCCCAACAGGUGCCAACUCUGCCUUGGAUAUGGCCAGCAAAAUUCGAGAAGAUCCCCUUUUCAUGAUAAGGAAGAGGGAGGAGGAGAAGAAGCGUGAAGUUCUGAAUAACCCAGUAAAAAUGAAGAAAAUCAAAGAACUGCUGCAAAGCAGUUUGGAAAAAAAGAAGAAGAGGAAGAAAGAGAAGAAAAAGAAGCACAAGAAGCACAGACACCAACGUCUAAGCAUCAGUGAAGAUGAACAGAGUAAAGCCAAGUCUGGUGAGAAAACUGACAGCUCGUCAUCGUGGUCCCUUCAUCCCAAAAUAUCAGGCUAUGGUUUGCAGGUUCGUGGGGAUGACCAUGAGAGGGCGUUUUCCCACAAGCCUGCCAAAAGUCCCAGGUCGGAGAGCCUGUGCCAGUCGCCGCAGAAGUACAGUAGCAAGAUGAGCUCGUGUGAGGCAGAAUACAGAAGGCCAAGAUCACCUCUAGGGAACACUAAACAGCAUAACAGCAAGGAGGAGAAGGCCAGAACCGGUGGCAGGAGCCCCCCUCCUAAGAAAGAAGGCUACAGAAGACAGCAGGCCUCUGGAUAUACCAGAAAUCUCUCCGCUGAGGAGCUGGAGUGGAAGCGGCAAGAAAUGAUGGCAAAUGCUAAGUGGCGGGAAGAAGAGAGAGCAAAUGCUGUGAGGAAACACCAGAAAGAAGAAGCGCGACAGCAAGAGUGGGAGAAGCUGGGCAGAAGUGACGGGAAGUUCAUACACCACAUGAAGCUAGAGAGUGCGUCCACCUCUCUUGAGGAAAGGGUCAAGAGGAACAUUCACUCUAUUCAAAGGACACCAGCAGCUCUAGAAAAAAACUUCAUGCGAAGAUGACUAUGUUUUCCCUUCUUUCACCAACCCACUAAGGAGAACAGAUUGGGAGAAAGUGCUUAACCGUUCCUCCAGAUUGUGGGGGAUGGGAAUCAGGCCUUCUUUGCCUUCCCUGUGAUGGGGGGGGACACGGUGAGCCCAGUUUUAGACUGGGCUGUCGUAAAGAUCUUAGACCAAACUCGGGUCCAGGUGCGAUGUGCUCCGUGCAGACAGAUUGGACUGGAGUGCCUGCGCUUUCUUUCCUUCCUGAUUCCACAGCAAGACGGAAGGGGCCUCUCUGCAGAAGAGUAUCCCAAAAGGCUUUGUUUUUCUCCCAAGGAUUUCAUGAUGGUUUGGAAGGGGCAGGCUGACCAAACAGGUUAAAUUUUAUGAACUGAUAAGGCUUCUAGGCCUUUGGGGCAGAGUCUGGUUUGCUCAGGCUUCAGGCAAGUCCAGGCAGAAGAGAGAAUCGUGUCAUUCGUGUGUCUGUUUCUGACGGCUUUUCUGUCAUUCUUGUCAUCCCCACUUAUCUUGGGGCUUUCAAAUGAGACCUGCCAUGUGACUAGCGAGUGCUACAUGAACCAGGGUCCUAGUUUUGUACCUAGAAGGGAGUCUAUUUUUAUGAAGGCUUUGUACUGGAUAUAUGCCUGCUUCUGUUUCCAAAGCAAGUGGGCAAGCUCAUUUUCCUGGAGAACAGGCAAAAAAUGGCACUUGACCAAAUGACACAUUAUUACCGCAAUCUUGUGUGUGUUAAUACCACUGUUACAUGUAAAAUGUUGGAGUCUGUGUAUUUGGCUGGCAUUAAAAUAUUCGUGAAGUA